CUCCUCCCCACCCCAACUACCCAGGAGCUAAGGGUUGUCUUCUGUGCUCAGGGACUUCCCUCUUUGGUUUUUGGACACACAUCAGCUCCUGCCCUGCGUAACUUAACCUCAGCCUCCCUGACUGCCCCAGUGCUCCAGGCUCUGCUCCAAGGAUCCAGUUCUCUGUCUGGAGCCUGCAAAGAAGACACAUGAAGCAUAGAUGAACAGAAGAAAGAACUACAUCUACAGCUAGCCUUCGGUUUACAUUUCCUGAGGAAUGAGGCAGAUCACAGCUCCUCAACUCCAUCUAGGAUGCGGUGUCAGAAUCUCUACCAGUUCGGUCAGAAGCUGGUCCGCAGGCGGCCCCUGGAGCCCACUGAGGAUUCUGAGAGUCCCUCGGCUCCUCUGAACAUCCUGAAGCUGGUGGCCUUUGGUGUGGCCAGCACCCUGGGGGCUGGCGUAUACAUCCUGGUGGGAGAAGUGGCCAUGUUCAUUGCUGGACCAGCGAUCCUCAUCUCCUUCUUGGUGGCAGCCCUGUCUUCUGUAUUGUCUGGGCUCUGCUAUGCCGAAUUUGGGACACAGGUCUCGUGGACUGGUUCUGCAUAUCUCUACAGCUACAUCAGCAUGGGAGAAUUGUGGGCAUUCAUCACUGCCUGGAACCUCAUGCUGUCCUAUGUCGUUGGCACAGGCAGUGUGGCCAGGGCCUGGAGCGUUGCCUUCGACAGCCUGAUUGGGAACCACAUCUUUCAGGCCUUAGAGGGAACUUUCUCUCCAUAUAUGCCCUACUACCUGGCCAAGUAUCCGGACUUUGUCGCCCUGUCCCUGGUGCUGUUGCUCACAGGAGUACUGGUUCUGGGAGCUCGUGAGUCAGUCCUGGUUGGAAAAAUAUCCACAGGCAUCAACCUUUUGGUUCUCAGCUUCAUCAUCGUCUCUGGCUUCAUUACGGGAGACCUGCACAACUGGGAGCUCACGGAACAGGACUACACAUUGAACACGUCUGAAUCCGGUGACAUCUAUAGCUUGGGCCCUCUGGGUUCUGGAGGGUUUGUGCCCUUCCACUAUGAUGGAAUUCUCCACGGAGCAGCUCUAUGUUUCUACUCGUUUGUGGGUUUUGAUGACAUUGUCACUAAAGGGGAAGAAGCCCCAAAUCCUCACCGCUCCAUCCCCAUCAGCAUCGUGACCACGGUCUUCAUCUGCUUUUUGGCGUAUUUUGGUGUCUCGGCGACUCUCACCCUCAUGGUGCCCUACUAUCAGAUUCAGCCUGACAGCCCCUUUCCACAGGCUUUCCUCCAUGUUGGGUGGGGCCCUGCCAGAUAUGUCGUGGCUGUUGGCAUCCUCUGUUUUCUUUUAUACAGACUGCAGAGCUCCUUGUUCCCCGUGCCUCAGGUGAUCCAGGAAAUGGCCGAGGAUGGGCUCCUUUUCCGAGGACUUGCCCGGACCCAUGCCCACACGAAGACGCCCAUCAUGGCCACCGUGUCCUCUGGAAUUCUCGCAGGGACCAUGGCGUUGCUCUUUGAGUUCAGUAAUCUGGUGGACCUCAUGUCGAUUGGACACCUGCUGGUUUACUCCUUGGUGGCGUUUUUUGUCCUUGUUCUCAGGUACCAGCCAGACUGGAAUUUAAGCAAGAAUGAGAAAAUAGAAGACAAAAUUCAGAUGAAGCCUCUAGUUAAGAAAAAUCCUUUGGAAUCUGAACCUGAAGCAGGAACCUCAAAGACUCUAACGAGUCUGUGGUUACCUAUCAGUACCGCUCCCACCCAGAAAUCUGGCCAGAUUGUCUAUGGAUGUGCCUUCCUGCUUGGGAAGGAUGUGACCCGAGGUCCUGAUGUCUUUGUCUUCUGGGUGCUCCUUGACCCUUGCAGUUCUCCUGCUGACCAUCCUAAGCCUGAUCCUGGCCCAGUGGCCCAGCCAGGUGUUCUCUGGAGACCCCGUGCUCACAACAGUGGCUGUGCUGCUGCUGCUGCUCAUCACUGGGGUCACAGUCAUCAUCUGGAGGCAGCCCCAGGACCCCUCUCCUCUUCCAUUCAGGGUUCCUGCUCUGCCUGUCCUCCCACUGGUCAGCAUCUUCUUGAAUGUUUACCUGAUGAUGCAGACGACCUCUGGGACCUGGGCCCUGUUUGGCAUCUGGAAUGCCAUUGGAUUUCUCAUAUACUUUGGAUACGGGAUCCGACACAGCCUGGCAGGGAACAAUCAUCAACAGCCACCGGCCACCAGCAUCCACCUCCCAGACUCUUGACAAAGACAUCCCCGGUGCUGAGUCAUCUUACCCACAGGAAGUAGAUGCUGCAUGGAAUCCCUCCAUGCCCUGGAGGAUCUGCUGAUUCAAGGGACACUGUGAGCCUCGGUGGAGUGUGAAGGUGGAGGCAUCUAAAGCCCUGUGUUUAUUGCUAGUGGACAAAGUGACUGGGCCAUUGUGCAAUUUUCAGUAAACUUUUAAAAGCAUACUAUACAUACUUAUAAGUGCAUGCUUCAUAAGUGUGCAGCAAGAUGAAUUUUCACAAAUUACCACAAUGUAACCAGCAAGUAGAGGAAGAAAUAAAUUAUUAAUGGGCACAUUAGAAGCA